GGGGGGCGGACCAGAAGGGCGAGGCCGACCUUGUCGGGGCCGCCAGCCCGGCUCAGGGCGCGGCGGAGGACGGGUCUAGGCUGGAGGGGCCGGCCGAGUCACCCGAGCCCCCGGAGGGCGCCCAGUCCAGGCACCCGCGCUUCCAGCUGCCGGAGGAAGGGCCCCCGGGGCCCGAGCCGGCACCCCUGGCCGAGGGUCAGGGCUCCGGAGGAACCCGCCCCGACGCGGUGGAACAUCUCCAGUUCCAGAUCGCCCUGGAGGCCUCUGAGAAGGAGAAGGCCACGAGGGAAGCGGAAGAGUCCCCCGACGGCCCGGCCGGCGACGCGGGCGGGGAGCGCCUCGGGCGCAGCGUGCCGGGGGGAGGAAGCCCUCCGGCCCCGGGUGGAGGAAGGCGCUUCCAGCCGCGCCAGAGCCUCUGGUCGGAGAGGGGCCACGAGGAGGAUGGCACCUUCGAGACCCGGGAGCUAUUCUGGUCGGACGCGUGGCGACAAGCCCCGAGGGGUGGCGGCUUCCGCCACGUCCUGCAGGUCCUGGUGGAGAUCCUCGUCGACGAGCAGAGGGCGGGGGUCUCCUCCUCCCCCGGUGGAGAGCGCCUGUUCCACCUGGAGGACUUCAGCCGCAGGGCCCAGGCGGGACUGGGCCAGACCAACGGGCGGAUCGCGGAGGAGUACCUGAAGGACACGUUCGGGGAAGGCGCUCAGACCAAUACCAACCCGUCCACCGGGGGGGAGUACAGGAUCCCCGAGGUCAUGGAAAAGUUGCAGGAGACGAGGGAGGCAGCCCUGCGGAGGAGCCUGGAAGUGACCCGGCCGGCGACCCCGGAGCCCCCGGCGGGGGCGAUACUGCAGCUGGAGGAGACGGACUGA